UUGUGCAUGGACUGGGAGUUGCUACACUGAAGUACUCUGUCGGUGUUUACGUAAAGCAAUUGCGCUUCCUUCCCGUGUAAGAGCACCAGAGAAUGCAUGCAAUGCUGAAAGAUCAUUUAAUAUAACGCAACAGCAGCUACAGUACAAACAUGGCCUCAAGUUCCUUUGGCAGAAGACUGGUGGCUUGUCUUCUCAAUGUUUCCGAGGCUCGCAGGAAAGACCUGGUGGAGACUGUGGCCAAGGCAGCCUUAUACAACAAUAAAGGUGUUAGACGGGAGGGGACCACAGUGCUGAACAUCUUUAAUGACCAUGACUACAACCGUUCUGUCAUCACCAUCGUGGCCAGUAUCGACUCUAUCAGGGAGGCUGUUCUGUCUGCAUGCGAGAAAGCCUGCGGGCUGAUCGACAUGCGCGCCCACAAGGGGGUCCACCCAUGUAUGGGUGCCGUCGACCUCAUACCCAUCUACCCCCUGGGGGAGGAGGUGGGAGUGGAGGACUGUGCUAAAGAGGCCCGGGCUGUGGCUCAGGGACUCACAGAGCGGGUCCAGGGCACCAGUGCGUUCCUGUUCGGCUGGGCGGACUCCCCCCUUCAGCGGGGGCUGGCACAGAGGAGGAAGGAGAUGGGCUGGUUCAAGAAGACGCCAGACUUGCAGGCAAUCAGACCCGACAUGGGGCCGCAUCCACAGAAACGAUUUGGUCUCACAGGUGUUGGGGCCGGCCCGUACGUCAUGAACUGCAACGUCACCAUCGACACCCAGGACAUGGCCAUGGGACGCAGCAUCGCCACGGCCCUCAGGGAGUCGACCCCGGGGGGACUACCUGGGGUACAGGUGCUGGCCUUGCCACAUGAGGGCGCUGUGGAAAUCGCCUGUAAUGUGGAAAGCGUGAAAGGGAGCCCAACUGGUCAAACGACUGCAGGUGAACCGUGGCCUUGUUUCAGCAUCGGCGGCCAUCCGUACUGUCACGUUCCAGCUUCCCUCAUCACGACGAGGGUUGCAGAGCUGGCAGGGAGGGAGGGGGUUGGCGUGAAGGGCACCGCUCUGGUGGGGUUCACCCCCUGUGAGUGCAGGGGCCUGGCAGAAUUAGCACUGUCUCAAAGGAUUGCAGAGUUCUGGAAAGAACAGGGAAGGAUCCGAAUGUGAAAAUAAAUCCCUGCCAAAACCAGUGAAACCUCACAUAAAGAUGUCACUUUAAUUACCAUGAAAAUGUACUGUGUGUUAACAGUGGCAGAUUUACUAAUUAAAAUUAAGUAAUUUUUGGGUCAAUAAGUAUUUGAUUUGUAUGAAAAAGAAAAAGUGGGUUCCUCAUUUCCAACAAUUUGUUGCUAGCUAAUUUGACCAGUUGUAGUUAGCUAGCGUUAGCUAAUUAACUAACUGCUAUGUUAGGUCACAACUCAGUCUUCAGCUGUGUUAUUUUGAAACGGCUGUAAAAGGAAUCUUAAAUAUGCACACACAUAUGAUUUUAAAAAAACUGGGGUUAAAGCGUUUUGUCUCAUAGAAAAUGUAACCUGCUAACUUUUAUGAAAUUACUUUUUGUCAUAUUUGCUCAAACUGUCACUAUUUCAUAACAGUAGUACAUGAGACAGACAAUAGAUAAGAAUCAUGCUUUAAUGUUUUUUUAAUUUUCAAGCAGUAUGUUUCAAUUUUAGUAAUACGGACAAAACAGUGUGUUGGCAAACAUUACUAAAUCUAUUGGAGCGGAACCUUCCCCAAACCAAAUAUAGAUCAAGACAGAGCUGCUAACGUUAGCUUAAACUCUAAUAUUGGAGCACCUUGGUUCCGACACAGCGGAUGUUCCUGUCCUCAACAUGCGACUCAUGUAGACCGCAAUCCCACACAACAGCCAUAGUCACCAAAUGAUAUGCUCUUUGACGCUGGAGGUAAAGCUAAGGUACUGCCCUGGAUUAUGUUGACUUUGGAAAGGCAAAUAGAUAAAACACAAUUCUCUAAACAUCCAACUGGUUCUUCAUAUUACCUGACAUCCAAUCUUUAAUAUCGCUAACAUUGAUUAAGAUCACUAAUAACUGCAUUGAGAGUGAUUUCAUUUUUUAAUGAGCAACUGUGUGUGAAAGCAUUGUAUGAA